GCAUGCCCUAUAGGCUAUUGAAAUCAACAUAUGAUAAAAACACUACUGUAUUUCAACAUCUAAAAUGAGCAUAUGAUAAGCUUGAACAAUUUCUUCCAACAAAUAACAAUGACGAAAGUGGUUGCAUUUGUGCUAUUGUACUCUUUAUCCAUCUUGGACAUCAGUUCAGGACAAGUUUCUGGAUCGUGUGACUUGGGACCGAGGCUAUACUGCUAUUGUUCAUACGUAGAAUCUGUUGGACGAUAUUCCGUGGACUGUUCAGGACUGAGGUUCAAUGGCUUUCCCAUUGGGACUCUCGAGAUCGUUAAUCCAGGAGGUCGUGAUGUCUACCGGAUUUCGUUUAGGGACAGUGGUGUAACGGACAUUUUUGAAAAUGCAUUUGACGCGAUGCCGAAUUUAUUUUCUUUAGAUCUAAGAAACAACCAAAUUACGACUUUCCCAGCUAACGCUUUGAAGAGUCUAACGCUUGUUCAAGAAAUGGACGUUGCCUAUAACAGGCUCACUGAAAUACCAAACGGUGCACUUGAUCAUAUGACAAGUCUUAGGGACUUCGAUGGACGAGGAAAUAGAUUAAUUACGGUGGGUGAAACAGCUUUUGCUGGACAAAGCACUUCGUUGCAAGAAAUAGAUCUGGCCUAUAACCAGCUACCCGGAAUUCCCGAUGCUUUGAAAUCCCUCUCUGCACUUCAAAUCCUUGAUUUGAGUUAUAACACAUUUUCCCCUUCCAGCCUCCCGAGUGGUAUUUUCAACAACAUGAAUGCAUUGACAAGUCUCAAUUUGCAGAGGACUCUUAUCCUGAAUAUAGAUCCGCAAGCUUAUGUAGGACUUGAAUCAAGCGUGGACCGAAUUGUAGUCGCCAACAACAACCUGACCACACUCGAGAGGUGUACAUUCGAGAAACUCACUGCCCUGACCACAUUAUGGGUAGAUUCCAAUCCAUUUGUAUGUGGGUGUGAACUGGCUUGGUUAGAACGAUUUUUUGCCUCGUGGCCUGUGUGGAGACAGGCAAGGUGUCGACCAGUGUCUGGUGGAAGUGAAGUCAACAUUACGGACUUCGUUUUUCAAAAUUGUAGUGGCUAUCAACCACCUGCUUGUCCAUAAUUAGCCCCUUGGAUGGCGUCGAAAACGUGAAAUCGUUAAAAGAUAAUGGCUUUAGAAUUAUUUUAAAAUUAUGUUAAGUAAUUGUAUAAUUUGAAGCAGUGAGAUUAUAGUGUAGUUAAUUGUAUAUUUUGAGGCACUGUUCACGUUGCAUGCAUUUUCGUAGCAACAAGUUGUACACGUCCAACUUGAAAGGGAUUUGUCACAUGGUGAGGAUAUCCUGGUUUCAUUCUGUUGAAGCUCACACGACCUCUCCUUUGAGCAUGUUUUUGUGAUCGACAGCUUUUCACUAACUUCUGGAAAAGAAAACAGCACCACAUAUACUCUAUCUACAAAUUGCAACCACGGAAUCAACAAAAACUACAUAAAGUAAAAGAAAAUUGAUCUUGGGAAUUUGUCCUUGAGUAG